UUAAGUAUUUGGCACACUAUAGGAUGUCGUCAUGACAUAGUAUAUUUUUAAUAACAUUGUAAUGAUACAUUUGAUUUAAAUAAUUAACUUUUGUGUAUGACUUGUCCACUACAGUGCUGGUGACAAGGGUUAUUUUGUUUCUAGUGAUUAAUUUAAAAAAUGGUAUUGUAAGAACAUAACCUACAUUUUAAAAUUUGGGUGAAUUUAUUUACAAUGGAUAGUGAAAAAAAUAAUAUUAUUCGGGUUGGCUCAAGAAAGAGUGAGCUGGCCCUCAUUCAAACAAAUUUCGUCAUUGACAGCUUAAAGAAGGUUUAUCCAGAUAAGGAAUUUUCAAUAGUUACAAUGACAACACUGGGCGACCGUAUUUUGAACGUGUCUUUACCAAAAAUUGGAGAAAAGUCGCUAUUCACAAAGGAUUUAGAAGAUGCUCUGAAGAACAAAACUGUUGACUUUGUGGUACACUCCCUUAAGGACCUACCGACGUCGCUGCCAGAUGGCCUUGCCAUUGGUGCGGUUUUUGAAAGAGAGGAUCCAAGAGACGCUUUAGUUCUACGAGAGGAUGUCAAAGAUUGCACUCUGGCUACUUUACCCGCUGGAUCAGUUAUUGGUACCUCAUCGUUGCGUCGUACAGCGCAAUUACGAGGUUCUUUCCCGCAUCUAUCAAUAGUGGACGUGCGAGGCAAUCUCAACACGAGGUUACGUAAGCUCGACUCGUCCACGAAGGAGUACUCGGCGUUGUUGCUUGCGACUGCUGGCCUGCAGAGAAUGGGUUGGGGCGACAGAGUGUCGAAGAUAUUGCCAUGUUCAGAGAUGAUGUACGCUGUUGGCCAAGGAGCCCUAGCAGUGGAGUGCCGGAUAGACAACGCAGAAAUAUUAGCUAUGUUGGCGCCCUUCAACCAUCCAGAGACAUACUGUAGAGUGUUGGCCGAAAGAAGCUUUCUUAAAACAUUAGGUGGUGGUUGCAGUGCACCAGUUGGUAUAUCAACAAAACUGAAGCCAAUGGAAUCAAACUUCAAAUUAACCAUAACAGGAGGAGUAUGGAGCUUAGACGGUACCACUAAAGUUAAUGAUACUAUGGAGCAAACAUUCACACAGAUUAAAAAGACUCAAAAGCAUAACCUCAGUCCGACAGAGGAAACAAACAGUAAAAAAAUUAAAAUAGAUGAAGAAAAUAUUGAUAAUAAUUUCAACCCAUUACAAAAACUAGAUGAAAAGAUAUCAGAAGCGAAUGAAAAUUCGAACUGUGAAGAUUUAAGUGAGCCAGGAGCACCAAAAUCUCAUAGUGUAUAUUGUGGGCUAACAGAGAACACAAAUAUUCCCUUGGACGUUAUACUCAAAUGUGAUGAUUUGGGUAAAGAUUUAGCAAAUAAUUUAAUAUCCAAAGGUGCUUUAGAUGUAAUGAAAGUUACACAAGACCUCAUUAGGAGUUCAGUCGGAGUAAAAUCUUCUUGAUGACAGAGUGUAUCAUUUAUGUUAAAUGUAAAUAUAUUAUUGUUGUUAAAUUGUUAUUUCUUGUUAGGUACUUAUUUGGGACAUAUUAAAUCAUAGGUUGUACUUAUUGGCGUAUUAGUUGAAUUCUGUUAAUCUUAUUAUACUUUUAAUAAAUGCAAUAUGACAUGGGAA